AUGCGAGGCAGCAAGAGGACUAUCGAAGAAGCCGUCAACUAUGAAGAUUCGGAUGAUGAAGACUAUGAUGACCGAGCCGCUGGACCCUCUAAAUCUCGGUCUGCCAAGUCUCGGAGGCGAGGCGCUCCGGUCCGCAAGAAACAAAGAAGAGGGUAUCGGGGCUCCGAUGUCGACAGUGACUCGGACGAGAUCGUGUCGGAUGACGAAGAUUCCUUUUCUGAUGAGGAAGAAGAACAAAUCGAGACAAACGCGAUAGGCAGACCUGUUCGACGGGCCGCGAAACAAGCUCAACACAAGUACGAAGAAAGCUCCGAAGACGAUGAAGACGAGCUUGCAAUCUCCUCAGGGGACGAGCGCUCUCGUCGCCAGGCCAAGGGAACUCCCCGGAAAAAGCUGAUCAUCACCCUCAAGACCACUCCGGCCCGCCCGACUAGGAGUUUGAGGAAUAGGAGCGGAAGUUACGCUGUCAACCCACCCACAACCUCAUCCGCGCCCCAUCCUGCUGCUACGCGAAGAAGCAGUCGCCUCUCACACGACCCUGAGGAACCUCUGAUGAAAUUGACCGAUUCAGGAAAUCACGUUGAGAUUGUCCGCGAAGGCUCCCGAGAUCCAGAAGGCAUUCCUCCAAGAGCAAUGAAGGGCGGGAAGGGUCUUAAAUACCCGUCGAAGAGUACUAUCGACGAAGAGUCACAACCUCAGCCCAAGGAAGCGGAAGUCGAAAAGGAAGUUGAAGAGGAAGUUGAAGAGGAGCUUGAAAUACAGGCAUCACAACAUGAACUUCUCCAAAGCGAUCCUCAAACGAUGGAAGAACACGCGGAGGAACCGUUGCCACAAAUUAUUUCGGAUAUAAUGGCAGUUGUAGAAGCUGAAGGUGUGGAGAGUGACGCCGACUUCAAUCCGGAGCCCGCUGCUACGCAGGAAGAGGCGCCAGCCGAAGCCGAGAAAGCGGACGAAGAAGACGAAGAGGUUAAUGAUGAAGAUGAAGAUGAAGAUGAAGACGAGGUGAGACCGGCACGAGGCAGGUUAACGCGUGGUUCUUCGAAGAGAAAAGUGGAAUCGCCUGAAUUUAAGCCACAGAACUCGCCCAAGCGACUGCGUGGACGGACUCUUGGAGGUGGAGCCAAAUCCGGGGCCUCAGGCAGUCGUCGACGAAGAGCUCCAGAUGAGAGCAGUGACUUCCAUCCUGAAGAUGAGGCCGCCAAUCAAGACGACAUGUCGAGCUCAAGUGAGUCCAACGCAUCACCUCGCAAGAAGAAUGGCGACGAUGAUGAUUUUGAAAGCGAAAACCAAGGUCGAAGAUCUAGACGCCUGCGCAGCCAAGCAGCAUCUCGCCAACGGUCCGAAGCAAGCGACGAGGAUCUAGCUGCAGAAGUCGCAGAGUUGAAGCGGGAUGGCAGGAAGACAAGACGCUCGAGAGAAGAAGAAGAAGAAAUCAUCUACGAGCCCCGCGGGCGACGGGGCGGUAAAAAACCAAACUACGACCUCCUCAGAAGUCUUGCUCCGCUUGAUGAAGAGGAAGAAGCUGCUCCAUCCCCUUCUGCACGAGCCCGAAAGACCGGCGGCGGCGGUUGGAACCGGAGUCUUUUUAACACUUACGGCCCAUUUGGUGGUGGUGGCGGUCUGCCACCUGUGCUGGGAGGGGGCCCUCAAAGGGCUCAGGGCGGUGUUGAUUCCGACAGCAGCGACGAUGAGACAAUGAAACAACCUAAGCAUCUGGGCGGUACAGUUGGGAUGACUCCGACGACUGCUGGUGGUUUCAACCUCUUUCCGCAAACACUCAACGCGGAUGCGGCCCAAAAUACGGCUGGCACCCCAGCCAAUCUCGGCAAGAUCAAGGAUAAGCAGGCCCUAGCGGAUGCCGACCCUCUUGGAGUUGACCAAAACGUGACUUUUGAUAAUGUAGGUGGUCUCCAAGGGCAUAUCGACCAGUUGAAGGAGAUGGUCGCUUUGCCGUUGCUUUAUCCAGAGAUCUUUAUGCGAUUCAAGAUUACUCCUCCCCGUGGAGUCUUGUUCCACGGUCCUCCCGGCACUGGCAAGACUCUUCUCGCGCGAGCAUUGGCUACGAGUGUCAGCUCGCAAGGCAAGAAAGUCACCUUCUAUAUGCGCAAGGGCGCUGAUGCAUUAAGCAAAUGGGUUGGUGAAGCUGAAAGACAAUUACGGCUCCUUUUCGAAGAAGCGAGGAAGAAUCAACCCAGUAUCAUAUUCUUUGAUGAAAUCGAUGGCCUUGCUCCUGUACGGUCAAGCAAACAGGAGCAGAUUCAUGCUUCCAUUGUUUCAACGCUGCUGGCUUUGAUGGAUGGAAUGGACGGGCGAGGCCAGGUUAUUGUCAUCGGGGCCACCAAUCGGCCUGAUUCCAUCGACCCGGCAUUACGAAGACCUGGCAGAUUUGAUCGAGAGUUCUACUUCCCCCUGCCAGGCACUGAAGCCAGGAAGGCCAUCAUUGACAUUCACACCAAAGGCUGGGAUCCCCCUCUGCCCAAGGAUACCAAGGAUGAGUUGGCUGAAUUAACCAAGGGUUAUGGUGGUGCGGACUUGCGUGCUCUAUGCACGGAAGCUGCGCUCAAUGCGGUGCAGCGCCACUACCCUCAGAUUUACAACUCGAACGAAAAGCUCGCCAUUGAUCCAAAGAAGAUAGAGGUCACACCCAAGGAUUUUAUGAUUUCUCUCAAAAAGAUGACACCUUCUUCGGAGCGGUCUGCGUCGUCCGGCGCUGCUCCGCUACCCCCUACUGUGGCGCCUCUGCUGCGGAAUCAGCUCGAACAGAUCAAGGGGCUGCUAGCGGAGGUGCUCCCGCAAAGGAAGAGACUCACCGCGCUGGAGGAGGCCCAAUACGAGGACACUGCUCACGGUCACAGUUUUGGUCGGGAAAAAAUGCAACAAACAUUCGAAACGACCAGAGUCUUCCGUCCUAGACUGUUAAUACAUGGCAAGAUGGGCAUGGGUCAACAAUACGUCGCUUCUGCUCUCCUCAAUCAUUUCGAAGGUCUCCAUGUCCAAGCGUUUGAUGUCCCAACAUUGUUUAGUGACAGUGCGAGUUCACCCGAAGCCACGGUCAUCAGACUGUUUUCUGAAGUCAAAAUGCACAAACCGAGCGUCAUCUACAUACCGAAUGUGCAGGAAUGGUACAACACAGUUGGUCAGACUGUAAUUUCCACUUUCGUGGGCCUUUUGAGAUCCAUCAAACCCACCGACCCCGUAUUGUUACUUGGAUUUGCAGAGGGCGACUAUGAUGACACGGAGGAUACCAUGCGACGCGAAUUCUUCGGAUACUCGAAGAAGAACCAAUUCGCGUUGAGGGAACCUAAUCAUGCAGAACGGUCUGAAUUCUUCCGCAGCAUCAAAGACUAUAUUAGCAUGGCACCAGAUGAAUUCCCGGAUCCGAAGCAUCGAAAGAAACGUGAGUUAGAGAAGCUCGCUGUGGCACCUCCUGAACCAGAGAAGCCGAAGACUACAUUGACCAAGGAGGAGCUCAAGGCACAAAAGAAGCGUGAUCGGCAAACCCUCAACAUGCUCAAGAUUCGAUUACAGCCUAUCAUGGAUCAGAUCAGGACAAAAUAUAAAAAGUUCCGAACUGGUGUCAUUGAUGAGAGCCACAUUCGCUACCUCUAUGACGAAGCUGAUCCAGGUACGGUGACAUCUGAUUUGCAUACUGAAAUCUUGGCCAGAGCUUCCUACAGACCCUUCGAGAUUGGAAAGGAUGCCCAUGGCGUGCCUGGUCUAAUUGAUCAAGCCAACGGAAACUUCUAUUACAAUUUGGACACUGUAACGAUCGAGAAGCGUUUGAGUAAUGGAUAUUACAAGCGACCGAAAGACUUUCUGGCAGAUAUCAAGCGCUUGGCUAAAGAUGCGAAAGCAAUUGGCGAUGAAGACCGACUGCUAAAGGCGAAUGAGCUCUUGGCCAACGUCGAGGUCGAUAUCGGAUCCCUGGAAGUCAAUGAGCCUGCUUUGACUGCGGAGUGCGAACGUGUUUACCAACGAGAAUUGGAACGGGAAAGAGAGGCUCUGGAGAAAGCCGAACAAAACAAGAUGCCUCCGCCUCCUAAUGUGACAAACGUUGCCCAGGCAUCGGGAACAACGACCACAAAUGACACAGGUCCUAUACUACUAGGCGAGCCUAUGCAUCGCCGCAACGACUUUGCUCAGCGGCUUGCCCCACCAUCCGCCCAAGCGAAGUCAACGGAAUCGAUUGUUACGAACGGCAUCCACCCCAGUCACAACAAUUCACAACAGUUAACAAAUGGUUCCCACACAAAUGGCCAUGAAGCAGAUGUGGAAGGCGACACACCCAUGGAAGGUACAGACUCGCAUCCGUCUUCGAACAAUAAGAGCAACGAGACGCAGCAGACGCACACGACCAGCUCUUUCGGUGCACGCGCCUCUGCCCAGACAAGACCGUGGCAUGCAUAUACAGCUCCAUCGCAACGGCUCAUGAAGGAAUCGGGAUUGUCAGCACCCCCUUCUCAAACUGGAGCUUUCACCCCGAUGCCUCACGGCAGCCAUCCGGGGGAAUUCCAGAACGACGCUAGCACAACUCAGUCGCCCAACGAAAAGAAGACAUCCUCCAAUGACACACAGCAGGAGACUCAACUCGAGUCAGGCCCUGAUCUAUAUCCGUUUGAAGAGAGGCGGUCUGUUGGGGGCAGUCAGAUCCCAUCUACUCAAGGUACGGGCAUCCCCGCAUUAGACUUUAGCUGUCUUCUCACCCAUAUAUCAUCUCCAUACCCCAAUGAGCUCCAAAACCUAAUGCUGAAUGUCUUGAUAGGGCAAAACUCGCAAUCUCAACAUACAGCCAGAGGUAGUCGUCCGUCUUCGUCGCAAGAGGCGAACCAAGACUACAGCUCACAGCAUUCCAUAUCCAUGCCUCCACCUAUUGAGGUCAAGUCUCACCGGCAUUCUAACGCAAGCCGCAUCGACGACCUCCUCAACCCCCCCGUUUCAUCACACCCUCCAACGCCAGCGCCGCCGCCUUCUCGGCCCAACUUGAUCCAAGUCGAGGAACAUGCGCUUGAAAACCUGCACACCGAGAUCACGGAUCAAACUAGCGGUUUGUCCGUGGAGCAACUGGAACAGGUCAACAGCGUCUUGAUGGACACGAUCUGGAGGACAAGGAGUGAAUGGGAUAGAAACCAAGUGAAGGGGAAUGUGGCGGAGGCUUUCAACGAGGUUAUGGAGGACAUGGCUGGUGUCGGACAGCUGUUUGGGGAUCUGAGCUGGGGCCGCAAGGCGCAGGUAUGA